AUGGUCAAAUCAACCAGCAAAGACCUCCGCGUCGUGAUCGUGGGCGGCGGCUUUGCCGGCCUAACCGCAGCCAUUGAGUGCAAGCUACGGGGCAUGCACCCGAUCCUGGUCGAGGCAUACCCAGGCGCCAGCUCGCACGGCGAUUUACUCGACUUUGUGCGCAACGCUGGCCGGGUCUUCGAAUCCUGGGAUAACGGCAAUGUCGGCCGCAGACUUAUGGCAGCCGGAGUCAAUGCUGCCAAGUAUCUCGAGUUUUACAACGCCGACAAUGUGCUGCUGCGGAGGGAUCCCUGGCCGCAGGCGUCGGACAAGGACUGUGUCUAUGCCGGGCACCGUGGAGAGAUGCAUAGGAUUGUCUAUGAGUACGCUAUUGAGGUUGGCGUUGAUAUGCAGUUUAGCAAGCGUGUUGAGCGGUAUCUUGACUCGGAUGCUGAGAGGGGUGUUUUGGUGGAGGGAGGCGAGAAGAUCCUCGGUGAUGUCGUCUUGGCCUGUGAUGGUCCCCGGUCCUUAGCCCGCUCUCAGCUUCUCCAUUUGCCUGAGUCCACGGUUAAUAGUGGAUAUGCAAUCUUCAGGGCGUUCUUCAAUAUUACUGAUGAGAUGCGCCAGCUUCCUGAGUUCUCUGAGAUGAUCAAGGAGGGUGAGGACAGCGUUCGGUUCUGGGUUGGUCGGGAUAUGCAUGGAUUUAUCUAUACGUGGAAGAAUGGAAGAGAUUGUGCCUGGGUACUAACCCAUCUCGAUGAUGCAAACAUUGCCGAAACAUGGUCCUUCCCAGGAAAGAAAGAGGACGUUUCCAAAUAUCUCAAAGACGCCGGCUUCCCUAAAAUCUGGGACCAAGCCCUCGAGGCUACACCAGCUGACCGGAUUAUCGACUAUAAGCUCGUCUGGCGGGACGCCAUCCCGACAUGGCUAUCCAGUUCUAAGAAAUGUGCAGUAAUGGGCGAUGCAGCGCAUUGCCAUCUCCCAACCUCCGCCCAGGGAGCCUGCCAAGCCGUCGAGGAUGCCGUUACAGCUGCAAUCUGUCUGCAAAAGUGCAACGGCGAUGUGGCGGCGGGCCUGCAGGUGUUUGAGCGGAUCCGAUUCAACCGGUCGCAUGUAAUUCACCAGGCGUCUAUCUUGACGCGUAAUAUUUAUCACAAGAAUGACUGGACGCCUGACCUGGUACGCGAAUACCCUGAUUCUUUGAUCAUUCCUUUCUAUCCCUGGGUUACCGAUUUCGAUGUUUUCGCCAAUGCGGAGGAGCACUUCGAUCAUUUGCUGCAAGAUGUUAGAAGUGGGAAACCCGGUACUAUCGAACAGCUGGCGCUACCUGCUGGAGGAAAUUACGAUGCGAUGUUGCUGGAGAAGAGAGUCCCGGAAGAAAAGAUAGAUGAGCUGGUACCUUCUAAUGUCGUUCGAGUUCAGUCAUGA